UGGGCGCGAAACAUAACCAGUCUGGCGUUAGCAUUAUGUAAGAACGAAGUGGCAGAAAAAUGUUUGGUUGCCUUAACAUCAAACGUAUGUUUUUCUGGUCUGUUUCUAUUACAAGAACAGACUUGCAGCGAGGUUUCGCGUGUCGGCCCGGGGCAGUGUUUGUGUUUGCCGGGGCGCGCUGCGGCUCUGGCGUAUCUAAAACAAACAGCUGCACUGUGUCGCAAGAGGAACUGGCGACAGUCCUCUACCCAGGGCAGCGAGCUAUGAGACUGCAAGACACCCUCCUCGAGGUUUUAAAACAAGAGGAACCAGGUCGAGACGGCGUCUCCCGUCUUGAACGUGAGUCGGGUCGCUGCGCGGUCGCCGAGCAAGAUGACUCUGCCGGGCAUCAAACCUUGGACAAGGAAGUGUCGUUCGGGACAUUUAUUAAUACUUAGCAACUCCCUCUCCAUCUUCAACUUGGACAAUGAAUUGUAUAGUGUCAAUCUGGUGUACGAAGAUGUAAUUAUUAUUAUUAUUAUUAUUAUUCAUAUACAAUAACUAGCACCCUUUUUUUU